AUGAAGCCACCACCAAGUGAGCAAGCUUCUGGUUCUGCAUCUGCCUCAUCCGCCUCCAAGCGCCGCCUCUUCCUGGAGCCACCCCCGCCGGUGAACAGCAGCACCCUCGCGCCUUUUCCAACGGCAGGAUCUAAGAGGUCAAGUGAAAGCCCUGGUAAAGAUCUUGGUAUAUGUCUGUCUGUAUCAUCUGCAAGUGCAACUCCUGCAUCUAGUCCAAGUCAAGGUGGCAGUGCUGCUGGCGGUGGCAGUGGUUCAGGUUCAGGUGGUGCUGGUGGCAGUGGUGCUGCCGUUGCAAGUGACAUACGUGCUGCUGGUGCGAGUGAUAUAGGUGCUGCUGUUGCAAGUGACAUAGGUGCUACUGGUGCAAGUGAUAGAGGUCUUGUUGCUGCUGGAACAAGUACUGCAAAUGCAAUCAUCGUUGAGGGUGAUGAGCCUGUGCAAGAGGGAGAUGUACCUUGUGGAAAGAGGCACGAGUCGUCCCCAGACGCUGCCCCCUCCCCCGCGCCCCGCCGCCGCCUCCGUGCCCGCGCCCGCGCCCAUCUCUCUCCCGUCUCCGGCCCUCCCACCACCGCACCAACACCUCCACCUGUGAUGCCGCAGCUCCACUUUUCUUCCUCGUCUUCCGUAGCUCCCCACCGCGGAACCGCUGCCAGCGCCCCAGCCCCCACAGCCGCGCUUAACCCAUCUUCUCGCGACGCCCCGCCUUACACCGCCCAACCGGCCUUCUCCAGCUCCCGGUCGGUGGAGACAAGACAACCCAGCCUUCCACCAGCGCCCGAUAUCGCUGUUCUGCGGCCGCCACCGCCAUGGACUCUCCCUGGUAGCUCCUCCACCGACAGCAGCACCGCCACCACCUGUCAAUUGGCCCCUGUUGAUCCCGAGUCCGUCCCCGACGGCAUCGAGCUGUGCAAUUGGGCCACCGCUGUCAGCGCCACUCACGCAAGUGCAUAUACGUCAAGGGGCCUCAAGGUUAAUUUUUUGUUUCCAAUUGAGGGGGCAUGUUGGCUCUCCACACACGCUAUGAGGAGAUGUCUGAUCCAUGUGCCACACGUCCCAUCAAAAUUUUGUGCGAGUACAGCCAUCAACUCCCCGAGAGAUUUCUUCGUCUUUAGCUCCCCUUAUAUGGGGGAAGAUGUCAGUGUCCACAGGAUUCCUAAGUUUCUGCCGAAGAGCUCGGCUGUGUCACAGUUGUUUGGCCUGCUCCGCGACCAGAGUGAUUGUGACAAGUAUGUUGUUGCCAACCUUGAGAUGCUCAACCCAAAGAAGGGAUAUGUUGAAGUCCUUCUUCACAGGUGGUGGCCCUCAUCUGAGUCUUGGUCGUCCAGGUUUUUGGAAAAGGUCACUCUGCCAUCUAUCAUUGACAUGCGAAAAUGGCAAACCGACCAGGUUAUUGCCUACCACAAAGACCUGGUGUGGGCUGACCUCAAGCAAGGCAUUCUUUUUUGCUUCAAAAAUCCUUUGGAGAAGGACACCGAGCUCAGAAUUAUCUAUCUUCCACGCAUUCCACACAUGAAAAGCGUGCGACGACCAGAGACAUUCAUGAGUGUUGGGUGCUGCAAUGGCAAGCUGAAGUUUGUCCACCUUGAUAUCAAUCUCUGGGCAAACAUGCCCUUGAACUUGGAGGUGUCAGAAUACCACAUGCCGUGCUUCCCAGUUCUGCACACAGACAAAGACAAUAUCCUCUACCUCACCAUUUCUAAAAAGGAUAAGGAUAACAAGCGUGCAUGGCUGCUCCAAGUUGACAUGAAGGCUAGAAAGGAUAGCAAGGGUGCAAGUCCACACCAGGUUGACACAGAGUCCGAUACCAGCACGGAAUUCGACACACAGUUUAGCACAGACUCGGACACCAGCACCGAAUCCAGCAUGGAGUACUGGGCUCUAGUGGGUGUUAUUGAUUACCUAGGCUUUUGCCGCCAUCAGAAACCUCCAUUGAUUCUACUUCAGGACUGA